CUAUAAAUACCAAGUUUGUGAUCAAUAAAAUUAUUAGUUUGCUCUCAUCUAGUUUUAUCAACUAACUGUAGCGCAACAUUCAAAACAACAAGUAUAAUGGCAGCUAAGAUUGUUGUAUUUGUCGCUUGUGUGGCUUCCGCUCUGGCCGUACACGUUGGUCCAAACUACAGACAAGCAUACACCAUCCCAGCGUAUUCAGCACCGGCUUAUGCUGCGACAGCUUACGCUGCCCCGAUAUAUGCAGCCCCCCUUGUGAAAUCUUACGUCCCAGAACCAGACCACACCCCGGCUGCAUACAACUUCGAGUACGGUGUCAAUGACCCACACACCUACGACAUCAAGAGCCAACAAGAAUACUCUGACGGAAACGGCAAUGUUAAAGGAUCGUACAGUUUAGUGGAACCUGACGGCAGCACUCGUGUCGUCGAAUACACCGCUGAUGACCACAAUGGUUUCAACGCUGAAGUCAAGAAAAUCGGUGGACACAAUGCCGUAUAUGGCGCUCAAUUACCGGCCCUCAAAACUGCUUAUGCCGCCCCUUCUUACGCACAUCACGUAUACUAAUCGUAUUAUUCAAUGUAAUUCUUGCAAGUAGAAUGGAAGUAGUUUUUCUAAAACAUUAAUUUCUUUUUUUUUUCUUCCGAUAACAUUGUUACAGUUUUUUUCAUCAUCUUUUUUUAUACAUUAACUUGUAUUUGUUUUUACAAUUUUGCAGUUUAGUAGUCAAUUGUUUUGUAAAUAAAAUUUUCAUCACCAUCUUAA